AUGAUUGGCCUCAAACUCUCAGCAGGCCUCGUUCUACUGUCCCUCGUUGGACACUCCCUCUCCGUGCCCGUCGUAUCGACACCGACAACAACCUUCACCUCUGCUGCCGCCUUCACUCCUCCCGUCCGCCCUCACACCAAUGUAACCUCCCACGGCCCUUUCACCGGCCCGUCCCCCACAACCACCGGAGCCCUCAGCACAUCUGUCCUCAGCCCCUCAAUCCCCGCUCUGCCUCCUCCCCCCGGUGCAUUCGAUUACCCAAGUGAUGGAGAGUUACAUGCCCCCUUGCCAGCUCCAUACACUCCCUCUGGCGGAAUCGGCACGAAUGGCUCAGAACCAGUUUAUCGCAUGCUCACAGACUUCGACUAUGAAUCCAUUGCUCUGGCCCUCUACCAAGAAUGGAUCGAGCUAGACCUCUUCCAUUGGGGCCUGGCUACCUUCUCCGUUGAGGACUUUGAGGCAGCUGGGCUAACAGCGGAAGACCGCUUCCUCAUCCAGUUCAUGGCCGAACAGGAAGUCGGACACGCCACACUGCUCAGCAACAUGCUCGGCCCACAGGCUCCCAAACAAUGCACCUACAACUACCCCGUCAGCAACGUCCGCGAGUAUGUCGACUUCUGCCAGAAACUCACCCGCUGGGGCGAGGCCGGCGUGUAUGGCUUCCUGCCGCAUCUCAACUCUGGGCCCGUGGCGCAGAUGCUGCUGCAAAGUAUCACAACCGAAGCAAGGCAACAAAUGAUCUUCCGCCAGUUCGAAGGGCUGUUUCCCACACCAGAAUGGUUCCUCGUCGGGGUGCCCCAGUCAUGGGCAUGGUCUCUCCUAGCGCCAUAUAUUUCCUCUUGCCCAGAGAACCAGACGCGUUUGGUGUGGCAGAACUUCCCAGCCCUUUAUAUUCUUAACCAGCCGAAUCCAGCCCGUAAGAACGGCGCCGACGCGUUCAGGGAGAUCACAGGCGGUUGGGCAAACACCCUCAACACGUCCGAUAUCUCAGCAGAGGACGAUUGCCUAAGCACAAACGAAGUCGGCAUCAACUGCUCUCCGGGGAUAACCCGCAACCGCUCAUCCCCCCUUAGUUACCCCGGUCGCCAGGUCUUUUUGGAAUGGGACGACCCGGGCAAGCCAGUUGGCCCGAACAAUAGCUACAUCACGGACACGCAGGCGGGCGCGCCCGUGUGGGCCGCGUGGGUCAGCCAGCUGAAUGUCACGUACACGCCGCUUCAUGACAUCCAGGGGAACUCGGCGUGGACGAUCCAGCCGAAUAUGACAUCACCAGUUGAAAGCAUGGCACCAGCCGGGAAGAGAGUAGUCCUCCAAUGCGUGCGUCUAACCACUCGUAACUCUGGCCGUGGACAACUGAAGAGGACCAGGCUUCCUCCUCCCAGGCCCUUCCAAUACGCCUUCCAAAUCUGGACCUACGUCCCCAGCCUCAAGUCCAUCUCCCACCGCCAAGUCCGCAAACAACCCAUCAGCUCUCUCACCAACGACACAACCACAAGUCAGCCCAGCUCCGACACCAGCCCAAACCAGAAGCCUGAAGUUCGAAGUAGUGCCCGCCCGAAAACGCAACUUGAGCAAGAUGAGGAGCUGCGGGAGAAAAUGGAAGGGAUUUCUGGGGAAGGGGGCGCUGCAGGCGUCGAAUAUGAGGACGGCAAGCCCGUGGCAAUGAAGAGGAGCGCUACUGGGGUGAGGGUCAGCGAGAAACCUCAGGCCGACAAACAAAAGAGAAUCAAACAAGAAGCAGGAGAGUCUGGUAUCAAGAAAACUACCAAUGGCAUGACAUAG